GUGAGCUGCUGGGUGCCCCAAUGAGUGGUGGGACAAUGGAUUACUCCCUCCUGGGUGGUCAACCCUCCCCUUCGCUCAGCUACACUGGCAGCUUCUUCAUCAAAGCCGUCCCGGAGCAUCCCCAGGACCAGGAAUCCCUCAUCAAUCUGAUGUCAGGGAUUUUGGGUAUCUCUCCCUUCGCCUCCUCUGAAGGCCACCAAAGGCACCUGGAUGCUCUUUACCCCUGUCCUGAGGUGGCUCAGAGCCAGCUGGACCUUUAUGCCACCUGCCAGCCUGAAAUGAACGGAUCCACCCAAGCUCCCUUCCCGGAGCAGAGCUACGGUGGCUUCUCCACGGUGGAGGGUGCUCAACCCCUCCAGGCACAACCCACCUUAGGAAACACCUCACAGUGCUUCUUCCAACCCAAGCUCCUGGACAACAAGCAGGACAUCAAACUCUCUUCUGGUUCUCCACCUCUGGACAAGUUUAAAGCCUCCUGUACCCAGUGGGAGCCCAUCACUCAACAUCAGACCUACUUGCCCACUGGCUACCAUUCUCCUGAAGCCUUCCCAACUGGGGAGAGCGGUCAGGGGCUGUUCCACCCACUGGGCUCCAAGAUGGAGAACGUCUUGUCCGUCAGCUGCCAGUCGGAGCUCGGCAGCCUGGCAGAAGAUGCCUCUUGCUUCAACACCCAUCUGGGCUUCGGCUGCGAGCCAGAAAACUUCCCGGCCCGCGGGGACUUUGCUGACACCAAGAUCCACAACCUCCCUCCUCCGUUAAUGCCCGAGUUUGAUGCCUCCUUGACCCAACCUGAAGUCCUACCAGGUCUGCUGAGCUCUGCUGAGCUCCUCCAUCCUCACCCUUCACCCUCUGUCCCUACUACAGACUUUUUGAGCCACCCCACCUCUUCCUCCAUCCCAUCCUUGCUGCCCACCAAUCCUCCAGCCUUGGCAGAGCCCAAGAAGAAGACCCGUCGGACAAAGUGCUCUUCCAAAUGUUUCUGCCCAAAACCCCAUGAGAAGGCUUUUGCCUGCCCGGUGGAGAACUGCAUCCGGAGCUUCGCCCGCUCCGAUGAGCUCAACAGGCAUCUCCGCAUCCACACGGGUCACAAACCCUUCCAGUGUCGCAUCUGCUUGAGGAACUUCAGCCGCAGCGACCACCUCACCACCCACAUCCGCACCCACACGGGUGAGAAACCCUUCUCCUGUGACACCUGCGGCCGCCGCUUCGCCCGGAGCGAUGAGAAGAAACGCCACAGCAAGGUCCACCUGAAGCAAAAAGCCCGGACGGAGGAGAAACUCAAAGGUUUGGGGUUCUUCUCAGUGGGUCUCUCCUUUGGGACAUUGUGA